CCGUGCUUUCGGCGCUACAUGACAGGGGGCUUUCGCGGCAGGAGUGGGGGAGCGGCGCGAGGAAGAAAAUGGCCGACGAGGCUACGGUAAAAGGGCAGGGACGUCGUGCGAGGUGCGCGCUGCGCGACACGAGAUUGCCAGUUUCGCGAUAGACCGCACGAAAAAAGGGCCGUGGAACAUCCGCGUGGGAAGGCCUCUCGUCGUCGUCGGCGCUCGCGAUCGCGCGUCCCCCACCGGGAAAGCGCACCGGGGCUCGGAGAGUCGAGGACUGGAGCCGCCGUCGUCGUUGCCGUCGUCUCGCCGUCCCGUCCCGUCCCGUCUCGUCGACCGUCGUCGCACGGUGGCCCGAUCGGCCGUUUUAAAAAAGCGUUCUCGCGUGCCCCCGAGAGUGGCGGACGUGCGGACGGACGGAAGGGCUCGCCGAGAGAUAUAUCCAGCUAGAGCGAGCCGUAUCGCACUAAUUAAAAUCUACAAUGGCAGUUAGGUAGUUGUGGAAAUUAACAUUAGAUAUUCGUGAACUUCAAGCGUAUUUUUAUUCAAUUGAAGAUGUAAAAAACACAAUCAUAAUGAAGCCACAAAAGAAGGCUGUUGUUGCCAAAAAGGCAACGAAAAUGCCAACAGUCGCCAAGAAACGUCGCACACCUACGGAGAAGACUAUGCCCGACUUGAGGAAGGAGAAGAAAUCAAAGAAGAAUGACAAACUGGAAGAUCCAAAAAGAAAGGCGGACAAUGAGAAGAAGAAGUUGGAGAAGGCGGAGGAGACGCGAAAGAGACUCGACGACAAGAGAAAGGCAGAGGACAAGAAGAGGGAGAAAUCGGACGAAAAGAAGAAGAGGGAUUCCGAGAAGAAGUCCGACAAGAUAGACGAGCGAAAGCUGGACAAAACGGAUGAUAAGUUGAUCAACGAAGAGAUCGGUCACGAGUGCGCGGACAGAAAGAAAUUGCAAAAGUGCGAGGAGAAAAUAAAAUUGGAGAAGCAAUCUGUCGAUAAUAAGAAGAAAAUUGAGAAAGCAGACGACAAGAAGAAGAGCGCAAAAUUGGACGAAGCGAGCGUGGAAGAUAACUACAAGUCCCUAAACACGAUGGAUGAUAAGGAUGCGCUCGAAGAUAAGACCGACGCUCUCUGUCCGCUGACGAAGAAAAGGGCCAAGGACGAGAAGAAGAAGGAUGCCAAGCCGAUGAAAUCCGAUGUCAAGUCAAUAUCCAAGAAUUCUACGGCCAAGGACAAGAAAUCCGAUCGCAAAAAGAUCCCGGAGAAGGACCCGGCGAGCAAUAAGAUUACCGCCGCUAAGGCAAAGAAGGAUCCGAAAACGAAGCAGGGCCAGAAGAAAGGCGGCAUCGCGAGGAAAACGGUGUUGACGAAGAAGCCUCACUUAUCGGUGGCCAAGAGGCUGGCGGAUAAGAAGGUCAAGCUGAUCAAGCCGGUGAAGGACGAGGAGGUGACCGAGAACGUGGACACGACGAAGAAAACGAAGAAGAAGAGCGCCAGCAACGUCGCCAAGAGUAAAGUUCCGCAGGAGAAAAAGUCAAAGCUGACCAAGCAUAUGAAGGCCAAGCUACCGGCGAAACAAUCGAAAAUUAGCGCCGCUCUGAAGAAGGAAGACAAGCUGAAGAGCAUCACAGAAAAAAUCAUGGCCAAGAGGAAGAUCGAGUUGAAGGAGUCCGAGGAAGUCGCGGCCGAACACAAGAAGGCCGCUGGCAAGGACGAGGCUUGCCAAGGCCCGGAAAUGAGCAACAUUAAGAGCGAGAUCGAGGAGGACAAGGAUCCGGACAAGGGUAAGGAGGAGAGUCCGCCUUGCGCGACUAGCAAAGUGCAGGAUAAUAAGAAAGCCGCCAAAAGUAGCAGAAUGAGCGGCAAGCCGGCGAAGAAGAGCGGGAAGGCGAUCAAGUCACUACAAACGGAGAGCAAUAAUCAAACAUCGGCCGCGUCGGAGGACGCAUCUUCCGAGGAAUUUGGCAAACAGUCGAAGCGCGAGUACGAGGAGAACGCGAGGUCCGUCGUGAAUUCCAAGCUGGAGCAGAUCGUCACCGAGAACACGAUCGAAUUAGACCUAAAGGUUGAGGCGAUGAACGGCGGCGAGAGCGCCAGCGGCGUUACGUCUCAAUCCGACUCCGAGGGUGAUUCCGACGACGAGUACAAGAAGAGCAAGAAGCGGAAGGACGCGAAGAACAAAGAGAGGACCAACUCGCCGUCGGACGAGCGCGCGCGGCGAAUGCGACUUUUUGGCUUCUGGAGUGGACCAAAACGACACAGGGUCGCGUCAUUGAAUGCCUUGGCUAAAGUUCACUGCCUCUACGAAAACGAGUCCGGGGGGGUUUAUCUCGGCGGUUAUUGCAAACCGAAGCCCGAGAAGGAGAAGGACAAGGAGAGGCCGAAGAAGAUGAAAGAGGAGAAAGAGGAGCAGCAGCAGCAGCAGCAGCAGCAACAGCAACAGCAACAGCAGCAGCAGCCGCCGCCGCUGCCGCCGCCGCCGGCGUCGACGACGACGCGCAAAGAGAAGGAGAAGAAGGUCGAAUGUAAAACUGAGGAGAACGUGCUGAAGAGGAAACUGAGGAACGUGCCAGGUCUCCGCGGCAAACACUGGGACAUGCUGGAGAGUUCGUCAUCCUCGUCCUCCUCCGACGAGGACUGCGAGAAGGAGAAGAGCGCCGAGCCGAGUAAGAAGAAGAUGACCAAGAGGCGGCGGCGAAACGAGGAGGUGAUGGACCUGAAGGACAUGGUCGUUUGCAAGAGGAUGGCCAGUCUUAAUGCCACUGCCAUUUUGGCUGCUUCCUACUCCGAUGAGAAAAAUCGUUGUGGUAGCAGCAGUGAUUCCUCCAGCGAGUCGGAAGUAGAGAUAAUUAAGAGACGUAGACAAAACGACUCCGACGUAGAUAAGAAGAAGCCCCGGCAAGGCUCCGAUCCGGAAGAGGUUAUUAAGCCAUCCAAGAAAGUUGUCAUCGUUAACCAGGACACGGACGUCACUAUCACAGGUGUUUACGUCAAUCAGACCCGAUCCACCCAUCACGAGGGCUUCUGCAGUAUCGCCGGUAUGCAGUACAGGAUCAGUUCCACCAGCCACACUCAGACUGCAGCUACCGCGGUGGCCACCGAGCUCCACGACCAGCCAAAGCCGGAACAGCCUUGCAAGUCUUACACACCACUGGGUGCGUUGUCUUCUAUGCAGCCGCCGGGUAGCCAGGGCAAUCAUCCCAACAUGUCACCUCGCAGGCACUCGGCGUUCUCGGCCCCUCAUCAGCACGGGUAUUAUCAGCCGGCUGGUCCACUGAUACAGCACCCGCCUACCUUACCGCCCGUUAAAGGUCCACCUCCGGAACCGACGCCCACGCCUCCGCAAAAUUCAGAGGGCUCCGACGACUUGGUGGCGACCUCCACGACCUCCGGCGGCACGAGCAGCACGGGUGGAGGCUUUUAUAGGGCAUAUUGCCCGCAGUACUACGGCACGCCGCCGCAGUAUCCGGAGCUGUGUUACCCGCCGACGUAUUCGCAUCCUCACCCUCAUCCGCCGCAUUACUACAAAUACGCGCCCUACAGAAGGCAAUACUAUGGCUAUCAAGAGUCCGGUGGGGGAGGCGGGCCGCCUGGCAGCGGGGCCGCCGGGGGUGCCCCUGGAGUCGUUGAUUAUCAGCCGCCGCCGCCGCCCGGCGAAUAUCCCCUGCCACAUUAUUACGGGGGAUACCCCCCGCCCCCUCCGCCGCCGCCGCCUCCACCGAACCCGGCAUAUCUGCAUUCUCAGGGAAGACCUUUCGUAGACCCCUUUCAAGGAUGUCCAUGCCCGAUGCAAUCGUGUCCAAAAAACGUGGAUACUGGGGCCCUUAUUGGUAAUGGUAAGGGAGCGCCAGUGAUAUCGGGGACCGGUCCGUCAUUGCCACCCAGUGCUUUGGUAGGUCCGCCCUCGCCGGCGAGGGGGUUAGCCGGGCUUGCGCCCCCUCACGGUGCCAACGCCUGGGAUACGGAACGCGUCCAACUCAACGCAUCGCACCGCAACCUGAAUCAGAACCAGCCGACUUCGGUCCCGCCGUCGCACAACCUGGUCGGUGGGCCUCACAGUCGCCCUCAGGGCCAAGACUGUAGAAGUAGUAGUAAGGACGAGAAAAAUUGUACGGAGGACAAGAUAAGAAAGUGCGCUUGCCAGAAACACGCGUGCACGUCUACCUGCGAGGUCAAGGUGGAGACGCUGUCGCCCACUGAGAAACUGUCGGUGGCGGCGAGCUGUCCCGGCAGCAAGUACCACAACUUCAAGAUGGAGAACAACAACGUGAAAUGCGAGUCCUGCAGCAUGGAGCUCGGCGACGGGUUGCCGUGCGUCGCCAACUGCAACGUCAAGUGCGAGUCGGCGGACUACAAGUGCGACAUCAUGAAGUGCGAGCAGUGCAUGAAGGAGGGCGGGAUCGUCCUGGAGCUCGACAAGAACCCCGGCAUCGUGCUGGACGAGAAGCUCGACGGCGACCCCAACGUCAAGGAGGAGCUCGACGUGGUGGUGAUCGAGAAUGAGAACUGGAAGAAGCCCGACUACGAGCCGACCGUACGGGAGACGGUCGACGACAAGCGGGAAGAGGAGGAUCCAGAGGAGGAAGAGGAGGAAGAGGAGGAGGCGGUGGCGGAGGCGCCGCCGGUGGUCGAAGCCGAGGAGCAGCCGAGGUGUCAGAAGGUGACGAAGAGGAAGCUCUCGUUGGACAGCUUGUCGGACAGCAGGAAGAAGAGGAAGACGAGCAAGCGAGCUCUGUCGGUCGGUUCGUCGCAGGACAACAACAACGUGGACAACGAGCAGCCGCCGGCGAAGAUCGUCGCGCCGAUCGAACCGUUGCCGAGCAAGAUCGACAGCGUGAGGACGGUGGAGGCGAGCGCCCCGAAGAAGAAGCAGGCGAAGAAAGAGCUGCAGAAGCAAGACAAGAGCAAGCGCAAGGCGGAGGGCCCGAGCGCGUCCGAGAAUGCAGCGAAGAAAGCGAGAACCGGUAAGCAGAGUAUGAGCAAUUGCACGGUCAACUGUUGCACGGGCAGACAGGCCGCCAGCGACACCUCGAUCAUGGAGACUAUCGACAAUGUGAUACAGCAGAGCCUGCAGAUGACGCAGAGGAAGGAGCGCAAGAGUAAGAACUGCGAGCGCGCGGACAAGAAGAGGAAGCUCGACCUCGACCCGCCGCCACCGCUGGCGCUGCCGCCGCCGCCGCCGCCGCCGCCGCCACCGCCGCCGCCGCCGCCGCCGCCACCACCGCCGUUGACGCUGAAGAAGAACGCGAAGAAGAACACGGAGCCGCCGAAGGAGCCGCCAACGCUCGAGAAGCAGCCGACGAAGGUGACCGCGAGGAACGGCCAGACCAAGGGUAAAACGGACGCGAGAUCGAAGUCUAAGCUGUCGACGUCGCAGGAGGUCGCGAGGAACAAAGGCAAAGGCAAGGGCGGUAAAACCGUCGAGACCAAGGCCCAAGAGACCAAGUCCAGGACGCAGGACGCCAAGACGAGGGACGCGUCCAAGAAGCGCGUCGACGCCGUCUUGUCGAAGGCCAAGUCGGUCGACAUCGUACCCGAUGACCCGAGGAAAUUGGCCGCGAACAACAAGAAGAAGCGGAAGAACGCGAAGAAAGCGGGCGUGAAGAAGCAAACGUCCGGCGGCAAGAUGGAGAACCCCUCGACCGCCAACGAGAGCCUGGCGUUAACGAAAAGGCUCUUCCUGAAACCGCGCUGGAGCAACGGCUGGAGUUGGGAGGGCGAGCCUAUCGAGAGCAGGGUGUAUCUAACGAACGAGGAGUACGCGACACGGCGCUGUUACGCGAGCAUGAGGCACGAGAGCGGAGACGUGCUGAGGCCCCUGGACUGCGUGUUGCUGAAGAGCGGCCCGCGCAGGGUCGAUCUGCCGUUUGUAGCGAAAAUCGCCACCCUCUGGGAAAAUCCGGACGAUGGCGAAAUGAUGUUUUCGCUGCUGUGGUAUUACCGGCCCGAGCACACGGAACAGGGUCGGACAGAGUACGACACCGAGGACGAGGUGUUUGCUUCGCGUCAUCGAGAUGCAAACAGCGUCGCUUGCAUAGAAGACAAAUGUUAUGUCCUAACGUUUAACGAGUACUGUCGAUAUCGUAAAAAUUUACGGAGGAUCGAAGAAGGUUUAGAGAGUCCUGGCUUGAUAGUUCCGCCAGGGGACCAAGUGUAUCCAAGGGAGGGUCGGCAGCCUCCUAUAACGGCAUCGUCGGACGUGGUGCUGUUCUGCCGACGUGUCUACGACUACCGCGGAAAGAAGCUUAUGAAGAACCCCGGAUGACUCGACUUCCUGUAAGAUGCCUCCUCGAUUAGGAACCAACGGGAUGCGCUACGUUCCGAGAACAUAUUCAUUGCGAAAGCUGGCCGCAGGUCCUCCUCUCAGCCGUGUUCGAUCGCGUCGCUGUUGAUCGAUUUGUCUUGAUUUCGAAGGGGCAACGAGAUCCGAUCCGACCCGAUCGUUCGUUCCCGAGGCGACCGGGACUCCACGCGACUCGCGAGCCGCUUCCACCCUUGUCCGUUUCUCUCCGCCCGAGAUCGCCCGGUUUUCAUCGAGUCGCGCGAGCGGGGCCAACUGCAACCGCGGCACGUUCGGUUCCGCUUCUACUAAGCGACUCGACGAGAAGAUGGAGAAGGUGAACGCGCCGAGUCGGGGCGCGGAGUCGGUCGGCCCGAUCGGAUCUCCUUCUCACUUUACCGAACGCGUAGAUAGAUUCUUAGAGCGUUGCGUCGGCGAGGACUCGCGAGAAAACGAAAAGAAAAAAAAGAAAAAAGAAACGAGGGGGGAGGAGGAGGAAAAGAGAAAAAACGGCACGUCUCGUAUACAAUAUAUCGUAUACAUAUAUACAUAUAUAUAUAAAUAUAUAUAUUUAUAUUCGUAAGGCUAAAUACCCCUAUCGCGCGCCGCUUAUAUUAAUCCGUCUUUUUAUCCUGCUCGUCUGCGAUACCACAGAAAUCAUGAUGAAUCGUUCAUUAAUUCUGGUGAUAAGACGGUCGUUGCAGCGUCCGGACUCGCGUCCGCGGUGGGAGUCGCGCGAGAGGAAACAAACACGUUACAAGAGAUCACGCGCUAUUCUCCUUUCUCCUACUCUUCGCGUUUUUCUCCCUUUUGUGUUCUCUUCCUCCCUCCCUCCCUCCCUCCCUCCCUCCCUCUCUCUCUCGCUCUACCUUCUUCUCGGUCCCGAGGGAGAGGGCUCGUAUUGUUCUUCGCACCCUUCUCUGGUUCCUGGCGGCCGAGCCGGAGCCUCGCUCGGCGACCUAACCCCGCGCGGCUCGAGAUCGAGACGAUCUCUCGCGAUCGCGCUCUCUCCACCGCGACGCGCGAAUCCGCGACGUCGGUGGGCAACGACGCGUCGCGUCGAUAACGUGUAAGCUGUUUCUAGGGGGCGAGUUAGUGGGAUUUGACAAUUUUAUAGAGAGAAUCAUAUUUUUUGUGAGAUAGCAUUUACAACAAUACACUUAAAUGGAUAUUUUUCACAUAGGGAGGUACAAAUGCGCGAGCGGCAGAGACGCGCCGUCGUCGCGCGACAGCGGCAAUGAGGGGAAGCCCGCGCGGUCAGUUUUCGCCAAAACCGAUAGGAAUCAAAAAAGCAGCGACAGAUUGAACUCGACCAUUUAGCGUGAAUAGCGACGUAAGUGUUGUACUAAGUCCGAUCGGCCCCCCCCUCCCCUGCCCCGCCCCGCCCGCGUGCCGCCCGAUGCGAGAGAGGGGCGACGAGACAUCGAGCGUGUGCAAUCAUCAUUGUUAGGCUCUUCCGUAUUGAAUUCCCGUGGAGGAUACGUCCCGUGUUUUGCAUGCAUCUGUCGGGGGAUAACGCGCGGGUAUCGCUGCAGAUCCAAGUGUGUUGCACCUCGACGCGCGCGAGAAAAUAUCCGAGAAGCGAUACAUCUCUUCCGACGCGCUUAAGGCCGCCGUUGGUCGAAGUCGCGUCGUUCAGCACGUUCGAGCGUAUUAGAUAUUGCGAGUGAACACGUUUGAACGACGCGAUUUGCAAGGAACGGGUGAGAAAAAGUUGGGCUAAAUCAACACACUCGGCUUUGGAGCGCACUCCUCUCCUGGAACCUGAAGCGCGCGCAUUAUAUCUUCAUGAGCGUGAAAUCAUCGCGACGGUGGAAACUGCAUUUUUACCGCUCGGUGCCGCCGGAGAGGGCACGCGAAAUGCACGGAGAUUAGAAGUGGCUCGAUUCGGUCCGAGCUUGCGAUCGAAACGCUCGGAGGGAUCUCGAACGCUGACGUUUCGUGCCGUUUACGGUGUAUUCUUUCGAUGAUUUUUACCUUGGCGAAUUUUUACAUCGCAUGCUACUUUUUUUCUGUUUCUAUGAAUUUAGGGCCGGCUCGCUUUUUUUUCGCGAGUGAAAUUCCGACGACUGAUCGCGUCAGCGUCGCUCGCCUCGGCGAUUGAUUUUCCUGCGUUGCAUCGAGAAAGAACAGUACCAUGUUGCAUUGAUUGAUCAAGUAUCACGACCCUUGUUAUAUCGACUAGAUUUUUUUUCACGCGCGUAAUUCUCUGUAUAUAUUUCCAGCGGCUCACGAACGAUCGCGACCCUCGAAAAAAAGCGUUGUGAGCGGAAGAAUCGUGUCAUUUCUAAUUAGCACGCCACGCAAGGAGACCUUGUUUGUUCGUUUUUUCAAUACGCAAUGAUAGGAGGUCCUUCCGAAAGGAAAUUCCGGAGACACUGUUAGAAAUCGUUGGUCGGGAACGUUUGUGUUUUCGGACCCGUCACGCACCGCGAGUCCCUUCUAAGUGUAGACUCGGUAAUUUUUUUCCUUUUAUCUUCUUUUGUUUUAUUUUUUACGAUUAUUCGCUUUAUUUGGAUUACGAUCUCCGAUCUACCGAUCUACGAGAAAAACAAGUAUAUUGUCUUUAUGACUUGUUGGGUAUGCGUAUAUCUUAUAUUUCGAGUCAUACAAAACAUCAUUAUUAUCGAGAAGCUUAACCCUCGACCUCUACGCGGAUCUCGAUCUUGACCAACACGAUGUUCGCUUGCUAGCUGUGUGAGCGCGUUCCCAAAAAGUCCAAAAGAAAAAAAAGAGAGAAGACCGCAAUGAAAAGGAUGAAUGUGUGCAUGCGGGGACGGAUGAAGUUCGCGCUCACCGAUUGGAGGAGAGAAAAGCUAAGCGCGAAAGUUGUGCAACACGAGAAAAGAGAGUAAUCCGUAUAGAAUAGCGCAUGUAGGAUAUGUUAAGGCCACGUCCGCGCUUGAGGGUUAAUCCUCUCAUGCAAAUCACACCAUUGCGAGUUUGCGAAAAUUUACGAGGUCGUCGACAAUGCGGGGCUUCGGAGCGCAGUUAUUUCUGUGGAAAUUUCGAGUAAACGUUAAUACUUGUUGA